UUGAGAUGUCCCAUUUUGGAUUGCCUCAUCCCGGAUAGUCGCUGACCAAUCAGAUACAUGGAUUUGCAAUGGAGGAGCACUACUCGGGUUACAAUUUUACUAUAUUUAUGUUUGAGAAAUAGAACAUAAUUUAAAGAUUGGAAACUCAAACAAAGAAAAUAACAAAUUAUGUGACAAACGAAAAUUCAUAUUAAAUUAAUGGCACCAAACAAUAUAACAUUACCUAUGACAAGGGACAACAAUCAUGACGUACCAAUAGGUGUCACUGUAUCUUACAUAAUAUUAAGUGAAAUAACAUCAGUUCUUAUCCUGGUCAUUAACAUUUUAACAGUCAUCACCAUUGCAAAGGUUGAAUCUCUACAUACGGUGAUGAAUAAACUGUUUGUGAAUUUGGCAUGUGCGGAUUUACUCCUUGGGGUGUCAUUACCAUAUUGUUCACUGCGUUUCUACCAGCUUGAUAUGGUAUACAGUAGUUUAAUGCUAGAGAAAAUAUCAUGUUUGGUGUGUCAGUAUGUAACACUAGCCACAGCUUCCGUAAGUUUUCUAGGAUUUUCACUGAUUGCUUUGGACCGUUACUUGGCAAUAACGCAACCACUGAUGUACCACCAGCUAAUGACUAAGAAAAGACUCUUAGGAGCAGUCAUAUUUAUUUGGUUGUUUGUAUUCAAUGUACUGGGCAUAAUGAUUGGGUUGAACAAUUGGAGAUCAGGGACUCAGUGCACAGGUCUUCUUGUACUCAAUAGAGCCAUGUACUCUAUAGUGAUCUUGGGUCUUGGUGGUCUACUAAGUAUUACAUCUGCAAUGUUAUAUGCUAGAAUCUUCUACAUAGCCUGGCAGCAAAAGAAACGCAUCCAAGCAGAAGAGAUCAGUUAUGGUCAGAAAUGUGCUAAUUCUGACACCAAAAUGGCGAAGACAAUGGCUAUGGUGUUUUGCAGUCUCUGUGUCUGUUACCUCCCAUUCAUCAUUGUCUCUGUCUUUCUACGGCCUUAUACACCAGAAGAGAGACCCUUUUGGCUCAAAAUAUCAUUGGGAUAUGCGACCAUCUUUGUUUAUUUCAACUCAUUCCUAAAUGCUAUCAUUUACUCAUGGAGAAAUAAGGAUUUCCGUAAAGCCAUGUAUCAGCUGGUGUUUCCAAAGAAACAGCUUAUCAUGAAUGUGCAGCCAACUACGGUGUUUUCACUUGAUAAAUACAUUUCAGUGACAAACUGAUUCUGAAUGAUGCUAUAGCGUUUAGCGAGUAGUCAUAUUUGCCAUAUAUGGCCCCUCUUCAUUUUAAUGAACUUAAGACUCAGAGGGGGGAAGAUGAUCUUUAAAAUAUUCCUAAAAAGUCAUUUAUCUAUUAAUAACUGA